UGUAUCGUAUACAGACAUCGGAAUAAUGCAAUCGAUAACUAUGGAUUUACUACGCACGUUUUAAAUUAUAAUUGGCAUAAGUCGAAAUUCAUGAGCGGAGUUGGAUGUAUGAAUAACAAUCGUGAGGGAUCCAGCCUGUCAACAAUUAGUAACACUCUAUCCGCAGUGAACUCGAAACCUAGAUCGCACUCGAUAAAUUACGUAUCGUCGGAUUAUGAAAGUUUGGAUUACGAUCAUUACGAAAGUGAACUUACUGUUAGAGAAGAAAAGUUAAACGGUUAUAAGACAGUAGUGGCGAGUAAUGUGAUUAGAUGGCUUAUUUAUUUUUCGAUAGCCAUAUGUACUGCAGCAGUUGGAAUUUUUAUUGAUACUGUAAUUGAAUAUUUCUGUAAUUGGAAGUUCCAAUCGAUUCGAAAUUGUAUUGAUGUUAAGCACUCGACGGUAGAGUGUCUGAUUAUUUGGAUACUUUUCACCGUCAUCCCUACGAUUGUUGGAUGUUGUGUAGUGCUAUUUAUGGAGCCCUCUGCUGCUGGAAGUGGUAUUCCGUUUGUAAUAUCUUAUUUAAACGGAAUUCGUAUACCGAGAAUGACGGCCGUUCGAUGUCUAUUGGUAAAAGUAAUAAGCGUGGUGUGCGUUUGCAUAGCAGGUCUUGGCGGAGGAAAGGAAGGACCAUUGAUCCACAUUGGAGCAAUGGUUGGUGGUUCAGUCGUAGAAGCUUGGUGGAAAGGUUUUAGAAACGGUCCUGGCCGGAAAGUCAUUGGACCCUUACAAAAUGAUCGAGAAAGGAGAGACAUGAUGGCAGCAGGCGCUGCUGCGGGAUUAUCGGCCGCUUUUGGAUCGCCUGUAGGAGGGACAUUAAUGAGUCUCGAAGAAGGAACAAGUUUUUGGAGCUCAAGUCUCAUGUGGAAAGUGUUUUUUUGUGCAGCAAUAGCUUUUCCAACAUAUAACGCUGGUAAAAACGUACUGUUUUCUAAUAAUACAAAUCCAUCAGAAUCUGUUCACAGCAAAAGUAUUUACUUUUUUGGGAAGUUUAAUGAAAAUACAAUUUAUUUUUCUUAUUCAGAAUUCCCCAUUUUUAUUAUAUUUGGGAUAUUCGGCGGUUUACUUGGAGCUUUAUUUGUCAAUAUUAAUUAUCACUUAUCCAUUUUCAGAAUGAAACACAUUAUAUCCAAUAGAAAAAAACUUAUGGAAUCUGUAUUUGUCGCUGUGUUUGUUGCGAUAAUUAAUUUAACAUCCAUGAUUUUGUUAAACAACUGUCAAACAAAAUUAGAGAUAAGCUCGUCUAAUGCAGUACAAAUGUAUUGUCCAGCAGGGAGUUAUAAUGAAAUAAGCUCAUUUUGGCUUCGUACUCAAGAAGAAAGUAUCAGAUCAUUAUUCCAUUAUCCAAUUGAAGCAUAUUCAGUCGUCCCAUUAUUAGUUUAUUGUGUAAUUUAUUUCAUAUUAACCGAGUUAACUGUCGGUCUUAACAUGUCAGCUGGAUUGUUUUUGCCUUCGUUAUUGAUUGGAGCUGCUUGGGGACGCAUCGCAAGCAUUGUUGUUCAUUAUUAUUCUCCUGAUACUAUUGGAGACGACCCGGGAAAAUACGCGUUACUCGGCGCUGCAGCACAAUUAGGAGGAAUCGUCAGAGCUACUAUAAGUCUGACUGUUGUUUUUAUUGAAGCCACAGGAAAUGUUCAGUUCUUGUUGCCACUGAUGAUAACAUUAUUCACAGCUAAAUGGACUGGUGAUUUUUUUACAGACGGUAUUUAUGAAAUGCAGAUUAAGCUGUCGGGUGUCCCUUUAUUAGUAAGCGAACCACCGCCUUUAACUAGCGAUAUAACGACAGAAGACUUUAUGAGCGAUACAGUCUGUGCAAUACCUCACAUACUAAUGGUCGGGAAAUUAGUGGAUAUAUUGAACACAACUAAACACAACGGUUUUCCCGUGGUAGCAUCAAAAGUGUGCUUCUGCCGGACAAGGAAUAUAGAACAUAAAUGUUAUGGCUUGCUUAAAGGAUUUAUUCUUCGGUCUCAGUUAAACGUCAUCCUUGAGCACAAUUUGUACCUAACUCCUUUGCAUGAUGAAAAUUAUUGUACAAAACUGGAGCUCCUAAGAAAGUCAACGUAUACUUGUCACGACACUCAACAGUUCCAGAGGUUGAAAGUUGACGAAGAUGAAAGAAGUAUUGUUAUUGACCUGCGACCAUAUAUGAAUUCAGCACCAUAUAUAGUGAGAUUAGAAACAAGUUUGUCAAGGACUUUUAGAUUGUUUCGCACUCUAGGACUGCGGCACAUUGUUGUUAUCAACAACACUAACGAGGUGGUCGGUAUCGUAACUCGAAAGGACUUGGCAAAAUUUCGACUUUGGAGAAAAGCUGCCACAAUGGGACUGAAAGAGGUUAAUGUGUAUUAAAAUAUAAAACAUAAUGUAUUAUUACGUGUAUAAUAUUAUUUAUGGAAAAAUCAUAAUGGCGAAAAAAUAAAAUGUAUACUCGUAACUUAUGUUUGCACUUAAGACGUGCGUUUUCGAAUUUAUGUAGUGAUGUCACUGUACUAUGCCUUUUACACAUCUUCGUGUGUGUUUAAAUUUCACUGAUCCAUUUGCUUAUUUUACAAUAUGUACAAAUAGAUUGUAAAUAAAAAAUAGUCGUGUCAUGCGUUAUAAUAUUUUUUUAGAAUAUUGACUUGUACACAUAUUAGGUAUGUUUGUUCAUUAAAAUUUGAACAGUCACU